UGUUAGAAAAUCACGACACGUAAACAGUGUCCGGGUUCAUCCUGUACUGAGUAUACACCAGUUAUAUAUAGUAUUUGUGUUUGUUAGUUUAGUGUGUUUCGCUCCGAACAGCCUUAAUGGCGACGGGCAGUGGUGUGGUUUUGGCCACAGAGAGAUAUGGCAGUGCAGAGUCCUGGAAGUAUUUUGCAAAGGAUGCAUUGAUAGAGAGGAGAAAAGAUGGAAGUGGAGGUGAUUCAAGAGGAAACUUUAUUGUUGGGAUUUUUAAAAGUGUCUUUCUGCCUCAGGGCUAUCCAGAGAGCGUCAGUGAUGAUUACGUGCAGUACCAGUUUUGGGAUACUGUGCAGGCUUUCGCCAGCUCUCUGUCAGGGACUCUGGCCACUCAUGCGUCUCUCAAAGGGGUCGGUGUUGGAAACAAAGAGGCAACAGUAGCUGCAGCCACAGUGACAUGGCUACUAAGAGAUGGAACUGGCAUGUUGGGAAGAAUCCUCUUUGCUUGGCAGAAAGGGAGUAAAUUGGACUCUGAAGCCAAAAAAUGGAGACUUUUUGCCGAUGUUCUCAACGACAUUGCCAUGUUCAUGGAAAUAUUGGCUCCGUACUUUCCUGCUUGCUUCACCCUGAUUGUGUGUACUGCAGGGAUAUUCAAGUCCCUUGUUGGAGUGGCAGGCGGUGCGACCAGAGCUGCUCUGACUGUUCAUCAGGCUCGCCGAGACAACAUGGCGGACAUCUCUGCAAAAGAUGGCAGUCAGGAGACUUUAGUAAAUCUGGCCGGACUGCUGGUCAGUUUGAUCCUCAUUCCCCUCGUCACUGAUAAUCCAAUACUGACUCUCAGCCUCUUCUUCCUCUUCACGGUCCUCCACCUCUUUGCCAACUACAAGGCUGUACGCUCAGUUGUCAUGGACACCUUCAACGAGGCGCGGCUUUCGAUCGUGCUGCAGCAAUACCUGAGAGACAGACGGAUCCUGAGUCCACUGGAGGCCAAUCAGACAGAACCAGUUUUCUUGCAGUUUAGGAAAACCUUUCCAAUCAAACUUGGAGUGAGGCUACAGGACGUCAUACAAAGCCCAGAUGACCUGAAUUUGGCUUUGAAGGAAAACAACAUGCCUUACCUAUUGGGAGUACAAAAUGGCUGUGUAAGUGUUUGUUUGGGACCAGAAGCAUCAGUACAUGAUGAAAUCAGAGUGAUGUGCCAAGCUUUGUGGCUCAGCAACAAGUUGAGCACUCCAACUUCCAGAGAAUAUCCUAUAGAACAGCAAAGUAACUGGAAAAUGGUGCAUGAGAGUCACAAGUUGAUGGACACAAUUUUCAAUCCAUUUCUCAAAGGUGCGGAAGCUGCAGGAUGGGACAUAAAACGAACUCUACUAGACUGGGACGAGUGGAGGGUUGAGUGGAAAACCAAAAGCAACUGAGCUGUGAGACAGCUGCAGCCAUUUAACAUUGUUUGUGUCACAUUUCUUAAUGUUGAUACAACAGUGGUAUUUUUAUUUGAAUUCAUCCUGUUUUCAAAUAUCAAUAUGUAUGAUAAAAGCAAAUAAAAUAUAUUUUGUACGCAAAUAUUUUGAUUUUUACAGGUGUAUCAAAACAUUUUAAUUUUUUUUCAACUGUAAAAGACAUUGUCUUUACCCGUGUACAAAUGUGUCAUGCAAAUAAAAUAUGUCUGACUGCC